AUGGACAUGAAACCAACCACUGACAGCGUCGUCCUGACACUAUCCCUCGGCGCAUCCAUCCUGUACGCCCUCAACAUUCGCUCACAGCCGUCCUUUUCGCGAACAAUCUUCAAGACAGCCUCUACUGCGCUCCUCGCACUAUUCGCCACUUCGUCUCGCCAUUGGCAACUCACUCCCGCCCUGGCCCUCGGCUCCCUAGGCGAUGCCUUUCUUGCGUAUCCCGGGGACGAUGCCUUUCUCCGCGGCCUGUCCAGCUUCCUCGUAGCGCACCUGUUCUACGUCUCCCUGUUCGCCGGCAUCGGCAACGGUCCGAGCUUUAUCCUCAACGACGGCCAAAGAUCAGGUUUGGCGGGUGGCAUGGCUCUCCUCGCACCGGCCAUGAGCGCAGUGCUGCUGCCCAGGGUCGCGUCGUCGCUGAAGCUUCCCAUAGCGGUGUACUCGACUGUUGUUCUGGCUGUGGUGCUGGCCGUUCUGACGGUUGAUAACGCCCAGGUUGUUCUGGGGGCCGUGCUGUUUGCCAUUUCCGACAGCGUGCUGGCGGCGGAUGAAUUUCUUGUGCCGAGAGAUUCGGCGUGGAGAGGGCUUAUGCAGUAUUUCGUAUGGGGAUUUUAUUACUCUGGUCAGUUGUUGAUAGCUGGGGGGCUGGUGGAUGAUUGGGAUUGGGUCAACCGGGUGCUUCUCCAAAGGAUGUAG